GUCUUUGAAACCCGCGGGAAAGAAGGACAAGUGCCGGAAGAAAUCGGGGGCUGAGAAGAGGGAGUCGAAAGAGCAUCGCAGAAGCAGUGCCGACCACUCCGCGAAAACGGUGCACAGGCGCAGGCGUAAAUCCGGGUCGAAAGUUACAGUCCCUUCGAGUGAGCGGGACAUUUCAACGCUGAAAGAAUGUAACGAGUCGCCCCCCUCGACCCCUGUCGGGGGAAAGCGCGGAAGAGGCGCUGAGAACCGUCCGUCGAGGGCCCCAGAAAAAAAAUCGCGGGAUGAUAGAAGCGCGACUACUCACCGGAGUUCAAAGAAGAGAAUAUCCUACAAAGACGAGAGACCAGUGGAGACAAUCGAUCUUGGAGGGUCUGACUACAGGUACAGCACACCCCAAGCGGAAGAAGAGGAGGAACACGACCGUUCCACGCCAGAGAAGUCAGACGGUGCGGAGGAUGAGGAGGGGGGAAACGAGGCAGACGACAACGGUCCUUCCCGCGGGCAGUCACAAGACACCGACGAGGACGACAACAGCGACGGCAAAUCGGCCAGCCAGAGUACCGGCGAAGACCGGAGCGCCGCUUCGGAAGGAGAUGAUUCGCCAUCUCCUUCGAGGACGUGGCGCAGCGAAGGAGAACGGCAGGCACGCAAUGGCAGCGACACCGAGGAGUCUGUCGGUGACAGACAAAUCAUGCAGCACGUGAGCGUCACUGGAAAAGGUAAAAAACCCGCAUCGCACUCGCUCCCCUCCCACUCACGAGCAGCUAAUCCCGUGCCCCCACGGGGCGCAAGCCUUCACGCACGGAAAAGGGUUUUAGUGAACGCACUGUUGAUAGCCGAAUCUUCCAAUUACCAAGUGCUGUAUUCAGAACAAGGCGCUGAGUUGCUAACACUAUCCUGUGCAUUGUGUCUUGUGUUUCCCUGCCCAUCGCAACGUCAGGAACGAAAGCGCGCGCAAGGACCCAACGAUGAGGGCGCUGUAUUAGCGAAGAAAAUGAAGGGCAAGCUGUUGCGUUCCGUCGCCAAAGCCUUUGCGUUCUCUUCGGCGAACGACGCAACUCUGUACCCUACAGAGGACACGUUUUUCGCGGAGGUGCAAGCGACGGCCAAACUGGCAGGGGGGACAGCAGAGGAAGGGCUGCGGUCUCACAUUGCAAAGCGCGGGAUUCGAGAUGUCAUAGGGGAAUGCAACAGAAUACCUGCCAGCUGAAGCAUUGGUUCUGGGCAGAAAAAGGGAUUCCGCUGGUCGGAUUGCAGCAAUCGGACCACCACCUCCCCGCUCGCAACAAGAUGCG